GAGGAAGUACAAUAAACAUGUUGCUGCGCAUUACCCCAAUGAUACUUAGCAACCUCAGUAAAAGAAGUGUAUACAGUUAUUAAAGUAACCAGAUAUUGUGCGACGACAAUGACAAUCAUUGUGUCUUGUUCCUCCUCCUCGUCGUUGUUACUGUCGUCCUCGCUGCUGUGUCAUGUUGCCCGCAAAGCUGAUGACUAUCACCCUCUGUUGUUCUCUUUGGGGCAAGCGGUCUUUGUACAAAGACAGUACAUGUAUAGUUCUCGCUUUUGGGUCGAAUCGCUCGAUUUGCAAGCCUGCCGACGUAAAAUCAUUGUUGCAAGUGUUCGACUUGAACCAACGGACAAAGGCAAAGCUACAGGCGGCGAUUUCUUUGUCAUUGAUUCGCACUGUAUGAUGAAAGAAGUAUGCGAGCUGGCCAACCGUGAACAACGUCGAGUCCCCGUAGGGGCUUGA